AUGAGCGAAGAAUCUUCACCGUCGGCGAGCUUCACAUCCGCGGAGCGCAUCCGCCAGCUCAACGAGAUCGACCAAGUAGGGCAACUAAGCCCCAACCCACAAUUACAUCGACAGCAGGCUAACCCACGGCUUAAACAGGAUGUCGCAAAGCUCAUUCACUCUGCGGGUCUAGCAAUUCAAGCCCUGACCAAUGCAAAGCCGAACUCUUCUUCCUCCGAAAUCCCAGGUGGCUCCCUCGAUUCCCACAAGACGCAAUUCAAAAACGCAACACAGCAAUACUUCGCUCUCCUCUCCUCAAUUGAUGUUCGGCUACGUCGCCAGGUCUACGCUUUAGAGGAAUCUUCUGUUCUGGCGCCGGAUCCGGUUGGGCGAGCAGGCGAUGCAACCACCGGGACUGCAGGAGCUGCGGGGUCUGCUGCCUCGAAUUCUCUGGACAUUAGCUGGCUCAACAGCCGAAAGGACACGGUCGGCAAGGACAAAGAAGCUGAAUUGUGGGCUGCUGCGCGGCACUUUGUAGAACAGCUGGAUAAGUCGGCGGACGGGCAAAACGACCCCAGCAAGUCGAACGGCGAUUCUGAGAUGCAGAUGGAUUAA